CAGCCGCCACCAGGAAGGAGCAGGGCUGCCCACUGCCCGGGACACGGGAUCCGGCCCAAAGCCUUUCCGAGGAGGGGUGGGGGAGCGGAGGAGUAAAGGAAACCAGAGAGGACCAGGGAACCCUAGUUUCUCGGGCUCUUCUUCUCUGUCCCCGCGGGAGCCGGAGCUGGGGCGGCAGGGCCCGGCGCUCCAAGAGCCCGGACAGCGCCCAAGCGCCCGCCCCCUCCUCCUUCCCUCGGGGAGGAAGUGGCAGCAGCGCCCCGGCCCCCCCCCCACCCGCAGCUGGAGCAGCGGCGCCGCCGACGGUGAUUCAUUCACUGAGUGGGGGUGGAGGGGACCCAGCCCAGAGCAGACAGAUCUUGCGCGGCCACAGCCCAGGCUCAAGGGCUCUGCGGGACCAGGACCCGGGCGCCCCGAGGAGCGGGCGGCCUGGCAGCACCUUCGCUGAGGACGGGGCCGGCCCUGCGGCCGCCGUCAGGAAACCGGCUUCCCGCUGCGCCCAGCCCCGGGCAGGACGGGAGAUGGGCUGGUGUUGGAGGGGCCCAGAGAAGGAACGCGGGACUCUGGAGUGACCGGUGUGAGUGCGGCCACCCGGGCAGCACCUCACCUGCUGGGGAAGAGCCCGGCGCUGUCUCUCCAGGUGGGGGCCCCCUCUGUCCACGCGCCCCAAGCGCCUCGCCCCAGGUCCAGGGCUCAGGCGCACAGAGCCGCCCAGGGCGAUGCUCCAUCCCUCCCUGGAGGUUUUCCUGAGGACGUCCGGGCAGCGAGCGAGGGUGACAGUGAGGAGGCUGCCUGCUCCAGCAGCACAGACGGGCAGGUGAUGGGGAGGGUGGCCUCCCCGUGCCCCAUCCCCAGGAGCCACCACUCAUAGGCGAUCUAGGUCGCUAGACCUGGACACGGCGGAGUGGCGUGGGCCUCCCCCGCCCGCAUGCAUGUGCGCCUGGGGGCGCGGUGGCCCGGCAGGGACAGGCGUGCAUGGCCCCGGGGGUCUGCGUGUGGCCGGGGGUCCGAAGGGCACAGGCCAUGCGCGCUCUGGUGGGCCUCUGGGUCCUCAGCCUCCUCCUCUGUGGCUACCUGUGCUGGGCCCGGGGCCGAGAGGAGGACCGGGGAGCUGAGCACGGACCGCGGCCCGGCCCCUCCGCCGGCUCCCCGCCGCACCUCAUCUUCAUCCUCGCCGACGACCAGGGCUUUAGGGACGUGGGCUACCACGGCUCGGAGAUCCGCACCCCCACCCUGGACAGGCUCGCCGCCGAAGGGGUGAAACUGGAGAACUACUACGUCCAGCCUAUCUGCACGCCGUCCAGGAGUCAGUUUAUUACCGGAAAGUACCAGAUACACACCGGGCUGCAGCACUCGGUCAUCCGGCCCGCGCAGCCCAGCUGCCUGCCCCUGGACAACGCCAGCCUGCCGCAGAAGCUGAAGGAGCUGGGCUACUCCACACACAUGGUGGGCAAGUGGCACCUGGGGUUCUACCGGCGCGAGUGCAUGCCCACCAGGAGGGGCUUCGACACCUUCUUUGGCUCCCUCCUGGGCAGCGGCGACUACUACACUCACUACAAGUGCGACGGCCCCGGCGUGUGCGGCUACGACCUGUACGAGAACGACCGCGCGGCCUGGGGCCACGACGGCGGCGAGUACUCCACGCACCUGUACACGCGGAGGGCGCAGCAGGUCCUGGCCUCCCAGGACCCCCGGAAGCCGCUGUUCCUGUACCUGGCCUACCAGGCGGUGCACUCCCCGCUGCAGGCCCCCGGCCAGUACCUGGAGCGCUACCGGUCCAUCGCCAACGUGCACAGGCGCAGGUACGCCGCCAUGCUGUCCUGCCUGGACGAGGCCGUCCGCAACGUGACCCUGGCGCUGAAGGCGCACGGCUUCUACGACAACAGCGUCCUCAUCUACUCCUCGGACAACGGCGGCCAGCCCGCUGCCGGGGGCAACAACUGGCCGCUGCGGGGCAGCAAAGGGACCUACUGGGAGGGGGGCGUCCGGGCCGUGGGCUUCGUGCACAGCCCGCUCCUGAAGCGCCGGGGCACGGUGUGCCGGGAGCUGGUGCACAUCACCGACUGGUACCCCACGCUGGUGGCGCUGGCCGAGGGGCAGGUGGACGAGGACGCCCGCCUGGACGGCUACGACGUCUGGGAGGCGCUCAGCGAGGGCCUGCGCUCGCCCCGGGAGGACAUCCUGCACAACAUCGACCCCGUGUACACGCGGGCGCCGCACGGCUCCUGGGCGGCGGGCUACGGCAUCUGGGACACGGCCGUGCAGUCCGCCAUCAGGGUGCGGCACUGGAAGCUGCUCACGGGCAACCCCGGCUACGGCGACUGGGUCCCCCCUCAGGCCUUCAGCAACCUGGGCCCCACCCGCUGGCACAGCGAACGGGUCACCUUGCCCGCCGGCCAGAGCGUGUGGCUCUUCAACAUCACGGCCGACCCCUACGAGAGGGUGGACCUGUCCGGCAGGUACCCCGGCGUCGUGCGGCAGCUGCUCCGCCGGCUGUCCCGGUUCAACAAGACCGCGGUGCCCGUCAGGUACCCGCCCGGGGACCCCAGGAGCAACCCCCAGCUCAACGGGGGCGUCUGGGGGCCCUGGUACAAAGAGGAAGGCAAGAGGCAGAAGCCACGCAAACACAAGGCCCCGGGCAAGCAGAAGAAGAGGAAGAUGAAGAUCAGGCCGCAGGUCGCAGGGGCGGGGCCCCCGUGUGGUCGGGGGGCUCCCUGGGGGUGACACUGGCCUCCUGCUGCUGCUCCACACCAUCAGGCCUCAGGCCGUCA